AUGAUAACACAGGACAGCUCAGCUGCAGCUGGGCAAGAACAAUGGUACAACCACACAUGUCAUUGGGUAAAGGCUGUAUGGCAAUAUUGGCAUAGCUAUCAAGGAUCAACAAAGUUUUCUGGAAAAGAAUGCCCUUACAAUAUCACUUUUGGUCUGGUAAAGCAUAGAAUUGAGUGUCACAGACUAGUAUAUAUCAAUGCAUUUGCUGAGUUCCAAAUUUCAGACUCCCAGACAACACAACUUGCACUAACACACCCAAACUUGCUGGGGAGAGGGCCAUGGCUGGCAGUACAAUCCCAUUGGUUUAGACACAUUGAGUGCUCCAUCAUGAGCAAUAUUACAAUUGAGCAAGAAACUGUCUGUGAAGAGCACAUACUUACACUGAGACUUGCACAUGGAAUCAUUAUUGCAUUUGCUCAGUAUUCCAGUAAUGCCUACUCAAUGGUCAUGGUAUCCAGGCAUAAAUCCCAUGAACACAAAGGUUUUCAACCUUUGUGA